CAAAAAAACGAGAAAGACGAACAAAAUCUCCUGGCAGAUCAAGUACAAUUUGUCUGGCUCAUUGUUUCUACUCACAGGUUCUUUGAUGAUAAUAGAGACAAACCUGUCAUAAUCCCAAUAAAACAUCCAUUAUACAAUUCGUCGACUGAAAUAUGUUUAUUCACAAAAGACCCACAAAAGGAGUUCAAAGAAUUGGUGGCUACUAAAGGCAUCAAACAUAUUAAGAAGGUGAUCGGAUUGUCAAAGCUUCGUAAGAAGUACAAACCAUAUGAAGCAAAGCGCAAGUUGUGCGAUUCCUACGAUUUGUUUUUGGCGGACAACAGGAUCACGCAUCUGCUCCCUAGUCCGUUGGGCAAGAGUUUCUUCGAGAAGAAAAAGCAACCUAUCCCCGUGGAGUUAAGGAAACCUCAAAAUUUCGAAAAAGAAAUCGACAAAAUUUGCGGUUCCACCUUCAUGUAUUUUAAUCCGGGAACAUGCCU